AUGGUUAAUGAACUUCUAACUAACCCCUGUCUGUUCUCUUCUCCUCUUGCAACCUUUUCCUUGAUCCCAGUGGCUACUACAAAAAGCAAAGCUAGAGGCAGCCAAGGCCAGUUUCCACUCACACAGAAUGUAACAGUUAUUGAAGGUGAAACAGCAACAUUGACCUGUAGAGUUGAUCAAAAUGAUAACACCUCCCUCCAGUGGUCAAAUCCAGCUCAACAAACUUUGUACUUUGAUGACAAGAAAGCCUUGAGGGACAAUAGGAUUGAACUGCUUCGAGCUUCAUGGCAUGAAUUGACCAUUAGAGUCACUGAUGUUUCAUUGUCAGAUGAAGGGCAAUAUACCUGUUCUUUAUUUACUAUGCCUGUCAAGACAUCCAAGGCUUUUCUCACUGUUCUAGGUGUUCCAGAGACUCCUCAAAUUAGUGGAUUUAUUUCACCAAUUAUGGAAGGAGAUUGGAUGGAACUUACUUGCAAAACAUCUGGUAGUAAGCCAGCUGCAGAUAUUAGAUGGUUCAAAAAUGACAAAGAGGUGAAAGAUGUUAAAUAUUUAAAAGAAGAGGAUGCAAAUCGGAAAACAUUUACUGUUAGCAGCACAAUGAAUUACAGAGCAGAUCGUUCUGAUGAUGGUGCAGUUGUAAGUUGCAGAGUAGAUCAUGAAUCGUUGAAUUCCACACCUCAGAUAGCAAUGCAAGUCCUAGAAAUACACUAUAUUCCUUCCGUUAAAAUAAUACCUUCUACACUGUGGCCAGAAGAAGGACUAUCUAUAACUUUGAUUUGUGAAUCCAAAGGAAAACCAUUACCAGAUCCAGUUUUAUGGACAAAGGAUGGUGGAGAAUUACCAGAUCCAGAAAGAAUGGUUGUCAAUGGUAGGGAGCUACACAUUAAUCCCUUAAAUAGAACGGACAAUGGUACUUACAGAUGUGAAGCAGAAAAUUCUAUUGGCCUAAACAGUGCAGAGUAUGUUCUUAUUAUACAUGAUGUUUCCAACAUUUUGCUUCCCACCACUGUCAUCCCCUCCCUUACCACUGCAACAGUCACAGCCACUGUAGCCUUAACAAGCAUAGGCACAGUCACAUCGGCAACAGCCAUCAACACCCGAGAUCCCAAUACUUUGGCUGGAAGAAAUGUACCAGAUCAUGCUGUUAUAGGAGGGAUAGUAGCUGUUGUUGUCUUUGUCACACUAUGCUCUAUAAUUCUUCUUGGUCGAUAUCUGGCAAGACAUAAAGGAACAUAUUUAACAAAUGAAGCUAAGGGAGCUGAAGAUGCACCUGAUGCGGACACAGCCAUUAUCAAUGCAGAAGGCAGCCAAGUUAAUGCAGAAGAGAAGAAAGAAUAUUUCAUAUAGAUGCAGACUUAGAUUCUUUGAACACCACUAUCCACAAGGCUGACUCUUGGAGAAAACUGGCUCUCAUCUUUCUGAAUUAAUUUAUCAUGUCUCCUUUCUAGCCUUGUUAAAGUGCAUAAUUGCUCUCAGUUGCCAGUUUGUACCAACAAUCAGCCAUGAACAUAAUUUUUCUUUAAUUAUGAUACCAUUCAUAAUGCAGGACAUUUCUUAUUGCCUAAUCAUCAUAUACAUUGCUCUUUUAACAUACAGUGCUUGAAUAUACAGCCUUAACAAAUUUAAUCAUCAUCUGUUCACAUUUGGUUCUUCUACAUUUUAAAGAAAGUGUUCCUUUUAUUUUCUUUUAAUAUGGUCCUUACCUAUAUUGCAUCAGACCAUUUUCAUAGCAAAUGUUCUUAGGUGAGGACCUAAAUAUACUUACAUAAACCAUUACAAGUAAGAUUAGAGGUUUACAAAGAAUGUUUUAUAUAUCGUCUGUAAUUCAAAAUCAGCCGAGCAUUGAAACAUUAUGCCCUAAGAAACACUAAUGAAAUCAUUCUACUAUAAUUUCUUGUGUGUUUGCAAAUGGCAGCAAAGGAGUAUGAACAGAACUUUUAUUUAAUGAAAUACUGGUAUUAAAAGCAACUUCUGUGUGGUAAUCAACACCAUACACUCCUGUCUACACAGAAUCCAAGGUGAUGGAUUAUGUAGCUCCAUUUUGAAAAUGGUUGUCCAGCUCUUUUACUGCUCCUAGAAUCGUAAAGACUUCCAUAUAUAUUUCUAUAAUUUGUAUUCCUUUUAAUUUAUUUGCUUCAUGUGGGUCUAUCUGCCUACUCAAAUUGAACGUGUUCAUGGGGCAAAACUGCAAGGCAUUUUAAUAUCUGUAUAUAGUGCAUAUAAUAAAUCCAAUUAAACAUUAUUUGAUACAUAUUUAACUUUUGGGGCUGUAGGUAAGUCAGUCACAAGUAAGCAUUUUCUAAUGUCCAUUAUAUCCCUUUAGAUAUAACUUAAAUUAAUAUUCUGAGUAGAUAACAUGUAUUAGUAUUUUUUGUCUGUAUGUCCUAGCACUGUUCAGCAACAAAUUUUUCUAGUUCCAGUUAAUUUCUCUUUGUUAUACAAUGGAAGCACAAUGUUAUAUGGAAAGGUAGUUUUAAGCUAACAACCAGUGCACAGCCUCAGGUUUUGUCUUACAACCACAUUAAUGAUUAAAUGCUAAGUUACUAAAAAAUUCAAUACAUAAUUUGGCAGUUCCAGAGCUGCUUAUCAAUGUUGGAUUUGCCAAACCCCAAACAGAAAAUGUUACAACAACAACAAUUCUCUAUGUUUUGUGUAUAUGGUAAAUGACUAAUCCUUUAUAUUAAAUUUCUGUCUAUGCAUUUUGUGAGGUACAAACUUAUGUCACGGUGAAUGAUCAAGAAUAUCUGCCAUGCUUUUAGCUCCACGGUAAAGACCUCUCUGAUAUUAUGUUGAGUGUGGGCCAAAGGACAGCUUAGAACAAUAAUAAUUUUUAAAAAGUCUAAUCCAACAUAAAAUAUUCCUCUUCCAGACCAAAAAAGGCAACAACAAACAAAAAUAAAAAUAAAUGAAAUAACCAGAUAAGCUCUUACUUUCUGGUUCCAUGUAAACAUAAUUGACUAAAAUAGUAGAAAUUGUUGUUUAUCUCCAAAGUACUGCACACUUUAAAAAUAAGACAAAGAGGAAUACAUUUCUAUAUAGAAACUAUUACUGGUGAAGUCUAAAAGCAUAAUGGCCUAUUGUAAAGAAUUAAGUCCUGGGUUUAUUUUUUGUGUGGGGAAUGGAAGGAGGGUGGGUAACAUUUGAAUAUGGCAUCAUGUGUCACAGUCAAUGGAAAUCAAAGGUAUUGUGUCAGAUUAUUUAUCCAAAGGCUAUAUACCUUUUAAGGACAAUAGUAGUUUUUAAAUUGUUUUUGUUAGAAGGAAAAAAUUACUUUGUUAAUUUCAAUGAGAAAAAAAAGAGCGAGCGAGAGAGAGAGAGAGACCAUCAAUCAAGCAGCACUUUUUCAAAGUAUACAGAACAUAAAUAAUAUGAUGUGGUUGAGUGUUAACAUAAUAAAUCAUAUACAG